AUGUACUCCGGAAAAGACACAACUGCUCGAACUGGCAAAAAAUCUGAAAAGAUCGUCCUUCGUCUCAUGAGGCCAUAUUUGCUGAAGGGACAUCAAUUAUACAUGGAUAAUUAUUACAAUUCCGUAACACUUUCGCAAAAGCUAGUUGACUUAAAAACUCACACCACAGGUACCUUACGUUCAAACAGAAAAGAUAAUCCCAAAGACAUCAUUAAGAAAAAACUCAAGAAGAAUCAACAUGUGUGGGUACGAAAAAAUAAGGUCUAUGUUUCAAAAUGGGUUGACAAGCGACCAGUUCUUAUGGUAACAACUUCAGUUCAUCCUCGGCUUAUAGAAAUACAAAACAGAUUUCAACAAAGAAAAAUUAAACCCGCAGAAGUGGCAGAAUACAAUCAACGCAUGUCCGGAGUUGAUAGAGCAGAUCAAAUGAUCUCAUAUUAUUCCUCACCAAGGAAAUCAAUCCGGUGGUAUAAAAAAGUGAUGUUCCACUUGUUGGAUGUCGCAGUAUGGAACUCAUUUUUUAUUUUCAAAAAAUACUGCCAAGCCAAUUGUGAUUUCUUGCUUUUCCGAGAGGAAUUGAUUCGAAGACUGUUGGACUUACCAGCAGAUUUAACAGCAGAGCAAGUGAUUUUAGCUCGCAGCAAAUAUGACAACAGAAUCAGAGCUAAUUUAUUGCCACUUCCAGUCAGUACCAUUGACGACGACGUCGGAAGCUCAAGAGUCCAUGGUCACUGGCCUGAGAAAAUACCCGUGCAAGAGGGUUCAAACAAAACAUCAAAGUACUUGAAAUGCAAGAUGUGCACGAAAAAAAAGGUGAGAAGGGAGACUUGCCUGAGAUGUAAAGGUUGCCCUGAAAAGCCAGCACUGUGUGCUCUUUGCUUCGAAGAGUGGCACAAAGAAGUAUAA